AUGGAUGUUGGACAGGCCAGAGACUGGGAGAACGAGAGCGCUGUGAAUGAAUUCAUCUUGCUGGGAUACCAUAAGCAUCCUGCCCUCCUCUUCACCGCCUUCCUGGUCGUCUAUCUGGCCAUUCUACUAGGUAAUGGUCUGAUUGUGGUAGUGACGACAUGGGACCCUGCUCUUCAAACCCCUAUGUACUUUUUUCUGAGAAGCUUAUCAGGCCUUGAGUUGUGUUAUACCUCAGUCACUCUUCCCAAGAUGAUGGCCAGUCUAGCCACUGGGCACCGUACCAUCUCCCUGCCAGCCUGUGCUUCACAGAUGUUCUUCCUGCUCUUCCUGGGUGGGACUGAAUGCUUCUUGCUGGCAGUCAUGGCCUAUGACCGCUAUCUUGCCAUCUGCCGGCCUCUACACUAUAUGAACAUCAUGAAUCAGAGGGUGUGUGUGGGACUGGUGACGGGUUCAUUUGUCAUCAGCUUUCCAAUGCAGAUAGUGCAAAUUGGCCUCAUCUUCUCCCUACCAUUCUGUGGCUCCAAUGAGAUGGACCACUUCUUCUGUGACAUCCCACCAGUACUCAGCUUGGCAUGUGCUGACUUGUAUGCAAAUGAACUGGCAAUCUGCACUGAGAAUGUUGUAUUUGUUCUGGUCCCAUUUGUGCUCAUCUUGGCCUCCUAUGUAUACAUUACCAGGGCUAUACUGCGCAUGUCAUCAGCCACAGGACGCCAGAAGGCCUUUUCCACUUGUUCAUCUCACUUGACUGUGGUCAGUCUCUUCUAUGGCUCAGCGAUGCUUGUUUACUUACGCCCCCAAACCCCAGACUCUGUGAAGGUUGACAAGCUACUCUCUCUUUUCUACACAAUCCUCAUUCCCCUUUGCAACCCCCUGAUCUAUACACUGAGAAACAAAGAAGUGAAGGCUGCUCUGAAGAGAGGCAUUAGCACCGUCACUGCUGCCAUUUGGCCAGGAUUUUGA